GUUUCAAGUUCUGGUUCCCGCCAUCUCUGCCUCCACUAUCUGCCGCCUCCGGCCGACUUGCACUGCUUGAGGUUUCUGCUAAAAUUGAAGACAAAGGCAUUAAUAUAGUAGUGAUUGACAGAAAGGUCUCUGCGGUUGGGUUCCUGCUCUCCAUGCUUCUGAAGCAAUGAUGGGGAAAUGGGAGUCAAUGGUGAAGCAGAUUGAGGAGCGGGCAUCUUACUAUGAGAGGAAGCCACUGUCUUCCGUGUACAGACCAAGACUGUCCAAGCCAGAAGAACCAUCCUCCAUUUGGAAGAUAUUUCAUCGUCAGAAUCAGGCUUUUAAUUUUGUUAAAAGCUGUAAAGAGAGUGUUCACGUAUUUGCUUUGGAGCACAAAAUGGGAAAUGGACAACGUAUUUACCUUGUAACAUCCUAUGCUCAAUUUUGGUUUUACUAUAAGACCCGGACAACCCUCCUGCACUGCUAUGAAGUCAUUCCUGAGAAUGCUGUGUGCAAGCUUUAUUUUGAUUUGGAAUUUAACAAACUGGCCAAUCCAGGAGCUGACGGGAAGGAGAUGGUUGCACUGCUUGUACAGCAUGUCUGUGAAGCACUGCAGGAGAUUUACAGUGUUCACUGCUCAGCUGAAGAUGUUCUCAACCUGGAUUCCAGCACUGAGGAAAAGUUUAGCCGACACCUAAUAUUUCAGCUCCAUGAUGUGGCGUUUAAAGAUAACACUCACGUUGGUAAUUUUGUGAGAAAAAUUUUGCAACCUGCUCUUCACUUAAUCACCAAGGACGAUGAAGAUGAGAUCCCAGAGGCAGUGGGCCAUGAAGCCUCCUGUUUUUCUGUUACACCAUUAAAACAAGAGAUUUCAGAGGCCUGGGAGAAGCUGAGGUUGCCUAAGCAGUGUGACCCCGAUCUUUCAUUUUUAGUUGUGAAAAAUCACAUAGGAGAAAAAUGUCUCUUUGUGGAUCUAGGAGUGUAUACAAAAAACAGAAACUUUCGACUGUAUCAAUCAUCAAAAAUAGGAAAGCGUGUGUCUUUGGAGGUUGCAGAAGAUAACAGAUUUAUUCCAAAACAGUCAAAAGAUAUUUCUGAGGAAAACCAGUAUUUCCUGUCUUCCCUAGUGAGCAAUGUCAGAUUCUCAGACACUUUGCGAAUUCUCUCAUGUGACCCAUCUCAGACCAAAAGAAAGCGGGUUGAAUAUUUUAACAGCGCUGGCACUUCAGUGGAACCCAUUGAAGGCUUCCAGGGCUCCCCGUACCCUGAGGUCGACCGCUUUGUUCUUUCUUUGGUGAAUAAACCUGACACCGAAGGAGGAAUUCGGCGUUGGAACUACUUUUUCCCAGAAGAAUUGCUGGUUUAUGAUAUAUGUAAAUAUCGCUGGUGUGAAAACAUUGGAAGAGCCCACAAGAGUAAUAAUAUCAUGAUUCUGGUUGAUCUGAAAAAUGAAGUUUGGUAUCAGAAAUGCCAUGACCCUGUAUGUAAAGCACAAAACUUCAAAUCUACCUGUUUCCCACUACCCACUGAAGUAAGUCUCCUGUUUCUUCUGAAAGAUGAAGAAGAUUUCACUUCUGGAGAAACAGAUGAAGACAGCAACUCACUAACCAAGAAUUUUCAAAACCCACCACCCUGCAACUUGUCUGCCGCUGACUGGGAUGACGGAGAUGAUGCCUGUUUCUUAGAAGCGACAGAAGAUGCUGAAUUUGCUGACGCUGCAGAUAAGAGUGUUCUUGGUUCAGUGGACGAUAUUCCUGAUGAGCUAAUUAUAGAAGCUUUACAGAGCAGCUGACUGUGGAUAGAACAUACAUCAUGAGGCUACAAUUUGCCUGAAGGCUGAGAUUCAAUAACAUGAAUGUUAAAUUAGAGCUGGGCCUAUCGCCCUAUGUUAGAAUACGUACCUACGCCCUGCAUUUAGUCUCCUAUAUUUAACAUCACACAAAAACCAAAUUAUAUUACCUUAUUGUUCACCUGUUUAUAGCAACUAUAUAUUACUUGGUUAGCCUAAACCAGACUUAGUACCUUUGACAGGACAGUAGAUGCUUCUAAUUAACCAAAGUGAUUCUGUGCUAGCAUUUGCACUGCUGUCAUUCUAGAGUUUAUUGUAGGUUAAAACUCUUGUGCCUGGUGAUGACUAACGUGUCAAGAGACUGAAAUUUAUUAACACAAUACUCAAAAAUAUGGCUAUGCCUUCUGAGUUAUUAGACAACUGGAGAGGUGCAGUUUGGUUUGAAUGACAAACUGUAGUACAUCCUGGUGAGCAGGCCUCACUCACUGCCAGCACAGAAGCCUGGCUGUCAGGAGCUUGGUUUCAGGAGAAGAAAUGGUAGCAGGAGACUCAGUUCCUCAGUCCUGCUUAAGGAGCUUCCCCAGAUGAUAAUUGAUGGUUUUCAGGUGUUUUUCAGCUCCCAGAAUGCUUCUUGCUUUAAAUAA